AUGGUUCAUCUCAAGGCCUUUGCCGUCGGCAUCAUUCUAGCUAGUCAUGCAUCUGCUGGGGCUAUUGGGUCUCGUCAAGCCUCUGUCAGCAUCAAUGACAAAUUCAAGGCUCACGGGAAGAAAUACUUGGGCAACAUUGGUGAUCAAGGAACCUUGACCAAAAACGACAAGAACCCAGCCAUCAUCAAGGCCGAUUUUGGUCAAUUGACUCCUGAAAAUAGCAUGAAGUGGGAUGCUACUGAGCCCUCUCAGGGACAAUUCUCAUUUACAGGGGCGGAUUAUCUGGUUGACUUUGCCUCGUCAAAUGACAAAUUGAUCCGAGGUCACACGCUUGUGUGGCACUCCCAACUACCCACUUGGGUCUCUUCCAUCACUGAUAAGGCCACUCUCAUCGACGUGAUGAAGAAUCACAUCACAACCCUGAUGACUCGGUACAAGGGGAAAAUUUACGCGUGGGACGUUCUCAAUGAGAUUUUCAACGAGGAUGGAACCUUGCGACAAAGCGUUUUCUACAACGUCAUCGGCGAGGACUACGUGCGGAUCGCCUUCGAAACGGCCCGUGCCGCUGACCCAAAUGCCAAACUAUAUAUCAACGAUUAUAAUCUCGACACUGCAUCUUAUGCCAAGACGACUGGGAUGGCGAGCCAUGUCAAGAGUUGGAUAGCUGCCGGGAUCCCGAUCGAUGGAAUUGGUGUGAUCUCAGACUCACUUGAGUGCUGGUGGUGGCGCUGGGGUUUCUGGAUAACCCUUGAUGUUUUGGCCGGCGCAGGAACUGAUGAAGUUGCUAUCACCGAGCUUGAUAUCGGUGGUGCUAGCUCAACCGACUAUGUCAAUGCCGUCACUGCUUGUUUGAAUCAAGCCAAGUGUGUUGGAAUCACAGUUUGGGGCGUUGCGGAUCCUGACUCUUGGCGUGCCGACUCAACUCCUCUGCUAUUUGAUAGCAACUACGAGCCGAAAGAUGCGUAUAAUGCCAUCGCGGCUGCGCUCUAG